AUGGCCAGAUUCCACUCAGACUGCAUAGAGAAACCCCUGCGCAUCUGUUUUGAGAUGAUGGGUCAUUUCAUCGCAUCUCAUCCUUGGUGGUUCUUAAUCGCCCCCCUUAUUCUCUCUGCAAGUCUUGGGAGUGGAUUUUAUCUUCUGGAGGACAGAAUGUCAAACGACAUCGAAGAGCAGUUCACACCUGUCGAUGGACGAGCCAAACUGGAGAGGAAAUACAUCCAAGAGACGUUUCCAGGAAACGAUUCCAUGUUUUCACGGUUAAGACUGAGUACGGAUGGGAAUUAUGCAGCUCUCAUAGCUACGAGUGACAAAAAUAUUCUGACUGUGGAGUCACUCCGGGACAUCCUAGACUUGGACUAUAAAGUGAGGAGCAUGGUCGUGCAGUUUGACAGCCAGUCAUUCGGGUAUGUGGAUGUUUGUGCUGAAGCGAUGGGAUCCUGCACCUCCAACGACAUUUUAGACAUUAUUGAACACAAAAGCAACAAUAUAGACACAGUGAAUUUGACAUAUCCGUGGUACUUCUCUGAUUUUAGGAGGUUCCCUUUAUAUCUAAGUCUGGGGAGUGUUAAACUGUGCAAAGAGAGCUCAAAUGUUGAAAGUGCGAGAGCCAUUCAGCUCCGUUACUAUUUACGUGAGGAAAACAAAACAAAGACUGAUGUUUGGUUGGAAAGCUUCAUUAAUUUGGUCUCAAACAUAUCGUCAACUUCUGUCCAGGUGUCAUUCUCCACCUCCAUGUCAAUGCAGUGGGAAUUUAAAAAGUCUCCAGCCUCCGUCAUCUAUUUAUUCUCCAUCACCUAUGCCAUCGCCAUCACAUUCUCCAUCAUGUCUUGUUGGAGGUUGGAUAAUGUGAGGACGAAGGUGUGGGUGGCGGCCUGUGGGGUGCUCUCCACAGGUCUGGCAGUCCUGAGUGGUUUUGGUGCGCUGUUGUUGUUGGAUCAACCUUUUGUCAUGACUGUUGCCUCCUGUCCUUUCAUGAUAUUAGGUAUUGGACUCGAUGAUAUGUUCAUCAUGAUCUCUAGCUGGCAGAGGACCCGCGUCCUGGACAGCGUCCCCGACCGGCUGGCUGAGACCUACAAAGAUGCUGCCGUCUCCAUCUCCAUCACCACCCUGACCGACGCUCUGGCGCUCUUCCUGGGCUGCAGCUCGCCCUUCGGCUCCGUCCGGUCCUUCUGCCUGUACGCCGGGAUUUCUAUCUGCUUCUGCUACCUGUACGCCAUCACAUUCUUGGGGGCGUUUAUGGCUUUGAACGGACGGAGGGAGGCAGAGAACAAACACUGGUUCACCCGUGCCAAAAUCCCAGAAGAUUUACCCUCCGGGAGUUCAAACGCCUUCGGUGUGUGUUGCGUUGGAGGGAGAUACGAUCGGAUCACCGAGAGGGAAGAAACAGGGCCCACGAGCCAGAUGUUUGAGUGCUUCUAUGGUCCGUUUCUAACUCACAAAUGGAUUAAAGCAUGUGUAUUCUUCAUUUAUGCAUGCUAUCUGGCUGUUAGCAUCUAUGGUUGCUGUAUCUUACAGGAGGGACUUGACAGAAGGAAUCUAGCUUUGGACGAUUCCUACAUCGUCAAUUACUACAACAAUCAAGAGGAUCACUUCUCUGAGUACAGCCUUAAUGUGAUGGUAGCAGUGAAGCAGCCGUUUGCGUACUGGGAUGAGGACGAACUGAAGAAUCUGUGCAUUUCGGAUUUUGAGAAUUUGAGCUUUGUCAACAGCACUUUUGCUUGGUUUCUUUCUUUUAAAGAGUUUGCAAACGCAACCAAUCUAAAUAUAAGUUCUCAGGAGGCUUUCCAAACACAUCUGACCCGUUUCUUAGAACUCAAAUCCGUGUUUAGACAAGAUAUCAACUUCACCGCAGACAAAAAGAUUCAGGCUUCUCGGUUUUUCAUUCAGACGCUGAACAAAACCUCAACGAAAGACAUGAUGAUAAGACUCAGGAGGAUAGCUGAAGAGUGCCCAGUAGAGCUCCUGGUGUACCACCCUGCUUUCAUCUACUUCGACCAGUAUACCGUCAUCCAGGACAACACCAUUCAGACCAUCCUGGUGGCUGUGGUCGUGAUGCUGGUCGUCUCGCUCAUCCUCAUACCCAAUCCUCUUUGCUCCCUGUGGGUGGCGUUCGCAGUUGUUUCGGUCAUCGUCGGAGUGACGGGGUUCAUGGCGCUGUGGGGUGUAAACCUGGACUCGAUCUCCAUGAUCAACCUCGUCAUGUGCAUCGGGUUUUCUGUCGACUUUUCAUCACAUAUUUCUUAUGCUUUUGUUUCCAGCUCAAAGAGUGACGUCAAUGAGAAAGCUGCGGAUGCUUUGGCACGUUUAGGUUAUCCGAUAUUUCAAGGAGCGAUGUCCACUAUUUUAGGAGUGGUGGUGCUGUCCGUGUCCGGGAGUUACAUCUUCAGGACGUUCUUCAAGAUCGUGUUUCUUGUGAUUGCAUUUGGGCUGCUCCACGGGUUAGUGUUCAUCCCAGUGUUUCUGACUCUGUUUGGGGCCUGCGGGAAGUGGUGGUAA